AGUAUCACUAUCUACCCAGUUGUCUACGCCAAAACCCAGUUACUAAAUUUUAAUCCUUUCUCCUGACUUCUCUCCGGUCAAUGCAGGUCAUGUUACAUAAUUUUACUUCCCAAACUCCUCUCACAUGUGCCCAGAUCCCCUUCACCCCCACUGCCACUGCUGAGGCCCAGGGCUCCAUCCUGUCUCACAGGGUGUGUUGCAGAACCCUUCCCACCACAACUGCUUCGUCCAACCACGCUUCCCCUCAGACAGGAGGCUCUGAGAGGCAGGGCUGUGCUGACCCUGCAUCUGCCACUUAACCUCCAGCCCCAGCACUUCGCAGGAACUCAGUAAAUGUUUUCAAAUGAAUUAAUGAAUGCCAUUUUACGUGCUACAUAAUUUACUUCUUUGUCAACAUGAUAGAUGUGGUUUAAUGGUUUCUGUUGCAGAAUGAACAUGGAGAAACAGAAUUCAUCUUUGGUGGUGGAACCAUCUUACGCAGAUCUGGUCAUCAACGCAGGAAAAGUAACUUUUGGUGAAGGGAACAGAAACAAGCUGCAGAAAUCUCAGAGAGACCAGGAGAAGGAGAAAGUGUCACAGGCUGCCUGUGCUUUAUUAAAUUCUGGAGGAGGAGUGGUUCUGAUGGAAAUGGCAAACAGCGAUGAGCAUCCUGUGGAGCUGGGGCUGGAUUUGGAAGAGUCUUUGAGAACACUUAUUCAGUCUUCAGAUUUGCAGGCUUUCUUUGAGACCAAGCAAGAAGGGCGGCGCUUUUACCUUUUUGUUAAAUCUUGGAGACCUGGCCCUUCCUCUGAAGAGGACUCCAUCAAGCCCCGCAUUUGCAGCCUGGCUACUUCGUUAUACCGUAGAUCUGGCACCUCUAGGCUUUCCAUGAAACCAGGAGAGGCGUUUAAUUUCCUGAAAGACAAGGAAAAAAAUGCAAAAAUUUGGGGGAAUGAACCUUCUAACAAAAUUCUCAGGGAGUCAAAGCAAAACUUCCAUAACUUGAAUCCUGCUGAACAAACCUUCCAAAGACACCAGCUUCAACAUCAUGAAAUCCUGCCUUUUCCCGAGUCUCACUAUGUAGAGUUCAAACAGUUCUCUACAGACCGCAUCCAACGAUACGUUAAAAACAUAAUUCCAGAGUACAUCCCUGCAUUUGCAAACACUGGAGGUGGCUAUCUUUUUAUUGGAGUGGAUGAUAAGAGCAAGAAAGUUCUGGGAUGUGCUGAAGAAAACUUUGACUGUAACUCUUUGAGAAAGGAAAUAGAGGAUGCAAUAAGCAAAUUACCUUGUGUCCAUUUUUGCCAAUCCCAACGCCAGAUAACUUUCACACUCAAAUUCUUGGAUGUGUUUCGGAAAGGACAGUUAUACGGCUACGUGUGUGCCAUCAGAGUGCAGCCGUUCUGUUGUGCAGUGUUCUCGGAAGCUCCGAAAUCAUGGCUGGUGAAAGGCGGGCAAGUCUGCAGACUGACCACUGAGGAGUGGGUACACAUGGUGAUGGACGCAGACCCAGAUCUUGUACGCUUGGCCAAAGACUUUGAAUCUCAGCUGAGUCUGUCUAGCGGACCUCCUCUCAGCAGACCAGUGUACUCCAAGAAAGGCCUGGAACAUAAGGAGGAUCUCCAGCGACGUUUAUUUCCAGUGCCAUCUGAAGGUUUGCAAUAUAAACCUGAAUCCCUGUGGCAGGAACUAUCCUCAGAGCAUGAAGGUCUGGAGGAGUUAAUAAACGAGGAAAUGCAUCCUUUCUCCCCGGGAAUUUUGAUCCUUUCUAGAAGCUGGGCUGUGGACCUGAACUUGCCAGAGAAGCCAGGAGUCAUCUGUGAUGCUCUGCUGGUAACACAGAACAGCGCCCCCAUUCUCUAUACCGUUCUCAGGCAGCAGGAUGCAGGCGGGCAGCGGUACUGCACCCGCACAGCCUCCACUUUGAAGCAGAAGCUGGUGAACACAGGCGGCUACACCGGGAAGCUGUGUGUCACGCCCAGGGUCCUCCAGCUGAGUCCUGACAGUGAUGCAGAGCCCUGUGAAGAGUCAGGCUCUCUGACUGACUACCCGGAGUCCUAUAACCUUGCAGACACCCAGCAAAUGGAAACCUUGCUGCACUCCCUGGUGAUUGUCUUACUGGGCUUCAAGUCUUUCCUGAGUGACCAGGUCGGCUGUGAGAUCUUAAAUCUGCUCACAGCCCAGCAGUAUGAGAUCAUCUCAAAAAACCUUCGCAAGACCAGAAAAUCAUUUAUCCAUGGCUUACCCGGCACGGGGAAGACCAUCAUAGCCAUGAAGAUUAUGGAGAAGAUCAAGAAUGUGUUUGGUUGUGAGAUAAAUGAAAUUCUCUAUGUCUGUGAGAACCAGCCUUUGAGGGACUUUAUCCGUAAUAAAAAUAUCUGCUGCGCAGUGACCCGGAAAACCUUCAUGAGUACUGACUUCAAAAAGAUUAAACACAUCAUCAUGGAUGAAGCUCAGAAUUUCCGCGCUGAAGAUGGGGACUGGUAUAAGAAGGCAGAAACCAUCACUGAGAAAGGAAAGGGUCAUCCAGGAAUUCUCUGGAUCUUUCUAGACUACUUUCAGACCAGUCACAUGGUUGACAGUGGCCUCCCCCGUCUCGAACACCAGGAUACAAAAGAAGAGCUCACUAGAAUGGUCCGCAAUGCAGAUCAAAUAGUCAACUACUUACAGGAAAGAAUGCACAAGGUCAGAGAAAAUCCACCACCUAACAUCCCUCCUAAGUCCCUAAAGAUACUCCAUGAAGCUGAAUGGGCUCAAGGUGUUCCAGGCGAGUGUAAGAUUACAACGUACUUGAACUUGGAUCAAGUGGUGGCUUAUAUAACCAAGAAAUGCCAGUUUUUCUUGAAGCAAGGUUAUUCCUGCAAAGAUAUUGCUGUGCUUUGCAGCACAGCAAGUGAUAUAGAAAAAUAUAAAUCUAAGCUUCAAACAGCAAUGAGUAAGAGAGAAAGUUCUGAGUCCAAUGAGGGAUCUCAUCUGUUUGAACAGUUCGAAAAUGCAUCAGAUGUCACAGGCAAUCACAUCGUGUUGGACAGUGUCCGUCGAUUUUCAGGCCUGGAAAGAAACAUUGUGUUUGGGGUCAAUCCACGGGCAGCUGAGCCAGCUGUUUUCAACAAUCUUCUGCUCUGCCUGGCUUCCAGGGCCAGGAAACAUCUCUAUAUUCUGAUGCUAUCCACCGGGCGCACGGGCCACCCCGCGAGCGCCGCCCUUCCGUCACAGCAGGAGCUGGCGCAGCGGGAGCCGGGGCUGCACACGUCCAGUCCGUCGUCGGGAUCUGCCCCUCCCCCCCCCAGCAAUGACAGGGCCGCACAGUCCGAGAGCGCGCAGGCUCGCCAAGGAUGGUUCUGUUGCAGAAUGAACAUGGAGAAACAUAAUUCAUCUUUGGUGGUGGAACCAUCUUACGCAGAUCUGGUCAUCAACGCAGGAAAAGUAACUUUUGGUGAAGGGAACAGAAACAAGCUGCAGAAAUCUCAGAGAGACCAGGAGAAGGAGAAAGUGUCACAGGCUGCCUGUGCUUUAUUAAAUUCGGGAGGGGGAGUGGUUCUGAUGGAAAUGGCAAACAGCGAUGAACAUCCUGUGGAGCUGGGGCUGGAUUUAGAAAAGGCUUUGAGAACACUUAUUCAGUCUUCAGAUUUGCAGGCUUUCUUUGAGACCAAGCAAGAAGGGAGGCGCUUUUACCUUUUUGUUAAAUCUUGGAGACCUGGCCCUUCCUCUGAAGAGGACUCCAUCAAGCCCCGCAUUUGCAGCCUGGCUACUUCAUUAUACUGUAGAUCUGGCACCUCUAGGCUUUCCAUGGAACCAGGAGAGGCGUUUAAUUUCCUAAAAAACAAGAAAAGAAAUGCAAAACUUUUGAGGUAUGAACCUUCUAACAAAAUUCUCAGGGAGUCAAAGCAAAACUUCCAUAACUUGAAUCCUGCUGAACAAACCUUCCAAAGAGACCAGCUUCAACAUCAUGAAAUCCUGCCUUUUCCCGAGUCUCACUAUGUAGAGUUCAAACAGUUCUCUACAAAACACAUCCAAGAAUACAUUAAAAACAUAAUUCCGGAGUACAUCCCUGCAUUUGCAAACACUGGAGGUGGCUAUCUUUUUAUUGGAGUGGAUGAUAAGAGCAAGCAAGUUCUGGGAUGUGCUGAAGAAAACUUUGACUGUAACUCUUUGAGAAAGGAAAUAGAGGAUGCAAUAAGCAAAUUACCUUGUGUCCAUUUUUGCCAAUCCCAACGCCAGAUACCUUUCACACUCAAAUUCUUGGAUGUGUUUCGGAAAGGACAGUUAUACGGCUAUGUGUGUGCCAUCAGAGUGCAGCCGUUCUGUUGUGCAGUGUUCUCGGAAGCUCCGAAAUCAUGGCUGGUGAAAGGCGGGCAAGUCUGCAGACUGACCACUGAGGAGUGGGUACACAUGGUGAUGGACGCAGACCCAGAUCUUGUACGCUUGGCCAAAGACUUUGAAUCUCAGCUGAGUCUGUCUAGCGGGCCUCCCCUCAGCAGACCAGUGUACUCCAAGAAAGGCCUGGAACAUAAGGAGGAUCUCCAGCGACUUUUAUUUCCAGUGCCAUCAGAAGGUUUGCAAUAUAAACCUGAAUCCCUGUGGCAGGAACUAUCCUCAGAGCAUGAAGGUCUGGAGGAGUUAAUAAACGAGGAAAUGCAUCCUUUCUCCCCGGGCAUUUUGAUCCUUUCUAGAAGCUGGGCUGUGGACCUGAACUUGCCAGAGAAGCCAGGAGUCAUCUGUGACGCUCUGCUGGUAACACAGAACAGCGCCCCCAUUCUCUAUACCGUUCUCAGGCAGCAGGAUGCAGGCGGGCAGCGGUACUGCAACCACACAGCCUCUACUUUGAAGCAGAAGCUGGUGAACACAGGCGGCUACACCGGGAAGCUGUGUGUCAUGCCCAGGGUCCUCCAGCUGAGUCCUGACAGCGAUGCAGAGCCCUGUGAAGGGUCAGGCUCUCUGACUGACUACCCGGAGUCCUAUAACCUUGCAGACACCCAGCAAAUGGAAACCUUGCUGCACUCCCUGGUGAUUGUCUUACUGGGCUUCAAGUCUUUCCUGAGUGACCAGGUCGGCUGUGAGAUCUUAAAUCUGCUCACAGCCCAACAGUAUGAGAUCAUUUCGAAAAACCUUCACAAUACCACAAAAUUCUUUAUCCAUGGUUUACCCGGCACGGGGAAGACCAUCAUAGCCAUGAAGAUUAUGGAGAAGAUCAAGAAUGUGUUUGGUUGUGAGGAAGAUGAAAUUCUCUAUGUCUGUGAGAACCAGCCUUUGAGGGACUUUAUCUGUAAUAAAAAGAUCUGCCACCCAGUGACCCGGAAAACCUUCAUGAGUACUGACUUCAAAAAGAUUAAACACAUCAUCAUGGAUGAAGCUCAGAAUUUCCGAGCUGAAGAUGGGGACUGGUAUAAGAAGGCAGAAACCAUCACUGAGAAAGGAAAGGGUCAUCCAGGAAUUCUCUGGAUCUUUCUAGACUACUUUCAGACCAGUCACAUGGUUGACAGUGGCCUCCCCCGUCUCAAACACCAGGAUACAAAAGAAGAGCUCACUAGAAUGGUCCGCAAUGCAGAUCAAAUAGUCAACUACUUACAGGAAAGAAUGCACAAGGUCAGAGAAAAUCCACCACCUAACAUCCCUCCUAAGUCCCUAAAGAUACUCCAUGAAGCUGAAUGGGCUCAAGGUGUUCCAGGCGAGUGUAAGAUUACAACGUACUUGAACUUGGAUCAAGUGGUGGCUUAUAUAACCAAGAAAUGCCAGUUUUUCUUGAAGCAAGGUUAUUCCUGCAAAGAUAUUGCUGUGCUUUGCAGCACAGCAAGUGAUAUAGAAAAAUAUAAAUCUAAGCUUCAAACAGCAAUGAGUAAGAGAGAAAGUUCUGAGUCCAAUGAGGGAUCUCAUCUGUUUGAACAGUUCGAAAAUGCAUCAGAUGUCACAGGCAAUCACAUCGUGUUGGACAGUGUCCGUCGAUUUUCAGGCCUGGAAAGAAACAUUGUGUUUGGGGUCAAUCCACGGGCAGCUGAGCCAGCUGUUUUCAACAAUCUUCUGCUCUGCCUGGCUUCCAGGGCCAGGAAACAUCUCUAUAUUCUGAUGCUAAACUAAGAAGAGUUGGUGGUGAAAAAAAAUAUACCCUCUGUCAUAGUUUCAGAAAAGGAAUGACCCAUCUGCAUCAUACAAGCAUUAUUUGUAACAAUUGACCCUUGUACAAAAAUUGGCCUCAGACUUCCGGCCAAGAUCAGGACGUAGGUAGACACACUGUGCCUCCCCGCACAACCAAAAGAAGGACAACGGCAAUUUAAAAACAAAAAAUAGUCGGUACUGACAGAAA